AUGUUUACCGGCCUCGUCGAGACAAUCGGGACUGUUGCGGCUCUCGAGGAGCUCGACCAGACGGCCAGCGGAGGUGGCGGCACGUCAUUGACAAUUGCGGAUGCGCAAGACAUUCUUGGGGACGCGAACUUGGGCGACAGCAUCAGUGUCAAUGGAACAUGUUUAACUGUAACGGAAUUCGAGAAGUCGUCCUUCAAAGUCGGUGUCGCCCCCGAAACACUCCGCCGGACGAACCUAGGCUCUCUCAAACUCGGCUCAAAGGUCAAUCUUGAGCGCGCAGUUUCCGCUUCCACCCGCAUGGGCGGUCACUUCGUACAAGGCCAUGUCGAUACCAUCGCAACCAUACAAUCCGUAAACCCCGACGGCAACGCGCUCACGUUUCGCUUCAAGCCGCGAGACACCGCCGUCCUGCGAUACAUUGUCGAAAAGGGAUACGUUACAAUCGAUGGAGCAAGCUUGACGGUUACCAAAGUCCAAGACGGCGCAGAGGGAUGGUGGGAGGUGAUGCUGAUUGCCUAUACGCAGGAGAAGGUGGUGACAGCCGCUAAGAAGGCUGGUGAAGAUGUGAAUGUGGAAGUGGAUCAAGUGGGCAAGUACGUGGAGAAGAGCGUGGCAGGAUAUUUCGAGGGAGCUGCGCAUGGCGAGUUUGCUAUUCUCGAGAAGAUGGUUUCCAGACUGGUAGAUGAGAGGCUCAGGGCGCUAGGAAAGUAGACGUUACGUCUGUAAACGCUCUGGAUGCGCGUUCAAGCAAAGAUUGGUGACUCAGAACCUCUCUGGACACGUUGCAAGGACAUGUUGCAAGGACAUAACUCGUCCUGACUAGGACAGAAUCCAGUUUUGUGCCUCAGAGUUUGUUUGAUGCCUGAACGGCCCCGGGGAUUAUCAGGGUGGUUGGGUGACUACCUCGAGUGGGAUGGCGCGAGGAAAGUGAGGCGCAGCCCUACGCUUUGCUCACAUUAUAAAGCCCCUGCUCGUCGACAAACAUUUCAUCAAAAC